CAGAUGCCCAGCAUGCCCAAGGAGAGACGGCCCACGAAGCCUGCCUCCAAGGCAAAGGGCCCCGUCGCAGGAGCACCAAUAACCCCAACAUCUUUGCCCGCCUGGCCUGCCUUCAGGCCGCCUCUGCCCCUGGCUGAUCUCGCGCCCGAGGCCAUGCUCGACUCGAGAGUCCUGCUCGUCCGAAACUUCUGGCCCAAGUCACUUUGCCGGGACUACGUCUCGUUCCUAAGGACCCUUUCGCUUACCACCACCCCAGGCAAGCCCAAGCGCGGCGAGGCCGCUCGGGUCAACGAUCGUUUUCAGGUGCUGGACCAAGUUUUUGCCAAGAGGCUGUGGCUUGCUACAGGCCUCAAGGAUGUCUUGAUGGCGGACGAAUGGAAUGGUCUGUGGGGCGGUGACGUCGUAGGCUUGUCUCCCAACAUCCGGGUGUAUCGGUACUCACCUGGACAGUUCUUUGAUGCACACUAUGACGACUCGAAUGUUGUACAAAUCGAGUCAGACCACGGACCGGUCGUCACCAAGACGACAUGGACACUGCUACUAUAUCUUACCUCUGCAGCUGAUGGAUGUCAAGGCGGUGAGACAGUGUUCUUCCCACAUGAUAGGAGGGUAACAAAAGAAGAGGUUGCCGUCCCGCCCGAGACUGGGAUGCUUCUUCUUCACAAACAUGGCAACGACUGCAUGCUGCAUGAAGGAAGGGAAGUCACUGCUGGCGAGAAAUGGAUCAUCCGUAGUGACCUUUGCGUGCGAAGAUAAAGGAGAAAAAGGAGACAUAUGCCCUACGUGUCC